UAACAAGUACAUUUGGCACCAACAGGUUGUAUGUGGACAAACCAUUAAUAGCUAUUUAAUGCAGAACAGAAACAUAAUAUGCACCAACGUGUUACUCGCCAGAAAGCUGAAAGGCUGAGCCGCCGCUCAGGCAUUCCUCUGACAGCGGACCUGGGAAAGUACCUUGGGAUACAGACGAUUAACGGGCGCAUCACUAAGGGGAGAUACCAGUCUCUCCUUCUUCGGAUUCAAAAGAAGUUAGCCCCCUGGAAAGCCAGGCGUCUCUCUUUUGCGGCUAGGCUUACUGUUGCUAAGUCAGUUUCCGCGUCUUUACCUGUCUACCAUAUGAAUACUGAGCUAAUCCCGGUUGGUGUUUGCAAAAGCAUUGAUAAAAUUAACAGGGAUUUCAUUUGGGGUGAUGAGGAGAACAAGAGCAAGAUGCACUUAGUGGCUUGGGAGAAGAUGACUUUACCUAAGAACCUGGGCGGAGCUGGCAUCAGACCCACAAGACAGGCUAAUCUGGCCAUGUUGGCGAAAGGUGGUUGGAGACUACUCAAGGAGAAGGAUACCCUUUGGACACAGAUAAUGUACUCCAAGUAUGGGCGCCAACAGAGACAUCUAGACAUUCUGCGACCUUCUCAGGGAAGUUCCUUUACCUGGGCAAGCUUCACAAAAGCUGCCUCCCUCCUUAAAAAGGGUUGUGCCUGGAAUAUUAAGAACGGUAAGCACACUAAAUUUUGGCUUGAUCCCUGGGUGUUGCAGGUCCCUCUCAAGGAGAUAGCUAUUGGCCAGUUGCCGGCAGGAAGCGAGGAGAUGACUGUAGCUGAUUUUGUGCAUGAUGAUGGGACCUGGCGGACGGAUUUGUUCGAAAGACUCCUUCCCCCAUCUAUCUCCCAAAAGAUCCUUAGCGUGGCGGUAGAUAAACUCUCCAUAGAGGAUGACACUCUCUUCUGGUCGGCUUCCUCGGACGGAAAUUUCUCGGCCCGGUCAGCUUUCAACCUCAGUAAUGAUCACCAGCAGGAUGUGGAUGAACCCCUUUGGAAGGCAAUUUGGAAGCUACCGGUCGUCGAAAGAGUGAGAAGCUUUACCUGGCUAGUCGCGUUGGGAAGGAUCGCCACGAACGGACUUCGACACACUAGGAAGGUAGCGGAUGACCCUUCAUGCUAUAGAUGCAUUGGCCAGUCUGAGACGGUCCUUCAUGCUUUGAGAGACUGCUCACCAGCGAGUUUCUUCUGGUCUCGAAGAGUGCCUCCUUCCCGACAACACUCCUUCUUCAGCUCUAAUCUGAGGGAUUGGCUGCGGGAGAACAUCUUGAGCAAAGACAGCAUGGCCACAGGUAUGGAUUGGUCGGCCUUCUUCUGCACUUCUUGCUGGCUCAUUUGGAAGAACAGGUCGACAGCUUGCUUUGAAGGUAUGGGGGCAGCUCUCUCUCCUCAUUCUCUUGAGCAUGCUAUUAUGGCGAAAACCAAGCUCUGGCAUGAUGCUUGGAAUGCGCCGUCCCGCCUCCCCAGUAAUAGACAGGCUCCAGCGGAUUGGGUUUUGGCGCAUGUUGGAUGGACGCCCCCGCCUGAGGGAUGGCUGUCCCUCCAUGUCGACGGUGCUUCUUCAGGGAACCCUGGCCCCGCCGGGGCGGGUGGUGUUCUCCGAGAUUCGAGUGGUAGGUGGGUUGCAGGUUUUGUGGCGAAUCUUGGUACAGCGACGGCCGCUCUCUCUGAACUGUGGGCCAUUAGCUAUGGGCUCGACAUCGCGCGGAAAGCUGGCUGCAGAUUCCUUCAGGUGGCCUCGGACUCUCAACUGGCGAUUCAGCUGAUCAGUACUCGGCAGGACCCGAUCCACCCUUAUGCGACCUUGUUGACAGCUAUUAGAAGGAAGAUUGGGAGUGAUUGGGUGGUACGCAUAGCUCAUACAUACCGGGAAGGGAAUAGAGUCGCGGACUGGCUCUCGAAGCACAGUCUCGUCUAUCCCUACGGUAUGCAUGAACUUGCGGACCCACCCAAUGGAGUGACUUCGAUCCUCAGGGAUGAUAUGCUUGGGACUACUUUUGAGCGGCGUAUCAUUACCUCCUCCACCCCCCCUCUGUAAUCUCCUCCUGUAAUUGUUUCUUGUUCUUGGCCUUGGCCUCCUAUCAAUGCAAAAAAAAGAAAAUAAAAUAUGAGGA